UAGCUGGCUCACACUAAGCGCCCACAGUUAACGAGCUUUAUAGCUGAUUUACUAGAGCUGGUAAACAUAACCGGAUCAAAUGGUUCAUGAGACUGUGCAGCCAUGGGUGACAUGAAAACCCCCGAUUUUGAUGAUCUUCUGGCAGCAUUUGACAUCCCAGAUGCCACUGGGUUGGAUGCCAAAGAGCCCAUCCAGGGGAGUCACGAGGAGACUGACAGUCAGCUGAAACACACAGGGAUGUGUCUUGAUGACAGCUUACUGAGUGACCAAGCUGUCACUGCAGCAGAUGUUCCCGCUGUAAGUGUAAUUGUGAAAAACACAAGUCGCCAGGAGUCCUUGGAAGAUUUCGAACCGGCAUUGCAAAACGGAUUCAGUGGACAAGAGACCUCCGCUGACUCUGUUGAGACAACCGACACUUGCUUUUCCAAAUCCUUUGUCUCAGCUUUGAAUGGGGAUAAUUCAAGAGAGCUUCUUGGAAAGGCACCUGUUCAUCACAAACCUGAUGGAACGCCAAUAUUUUCCCAAACACUUUUGGAUUUCAGUCCCAUCUCCAGUCCCGAGUCUGAAGACACACAGUGUAGUAGAGAUGAAAUGCAAUCGAAACAAGAUGGACUCUGUUUCCCACAAGCUUCAGAUUUGGUGGAACCUUCUAUCCAAGACGAUCCCAAAAAACUGGACUUCAGCAUGUUUGAUGACUGCCCAAAGGACUAUAUUCCCAAGAACACUGAGAGCAGCAGAGAUGAAAGCAGUACAAGCGAGGAGUCUUCUGACAACUGUGUCAGUAACAAAACAGAUAAAACACCUAAAUUACACAGUGCACUUCCCCCACUAAGCAUCAACCAGAACUUUAAUGAGACCACCUGCAAUUCAGGAACCACACCGGAUGUUCCCGCUUAUCCACACGUCAAAUCUCAGGCACCUAAAUUAUCUUCUUGUCUCGAGGCUCUGGUGGCUCUGAAUGCUAGAAAAGAUCCCAGCGAGCAGAUCAAUUCCAGCGAGUCAUCGGCUGUUCAGAAUGACUGCGUGAAAGCGAGCUCCAGCGUGCCUAUAUCCCCACGAAGUCCACUAGAAGCUGUGAAACGGUUAAUGAAACCCUCUGAUAGUCCCGUAAGCAUCUGCAGCGACAGUAGUGGCAAAGCAUCCCCUGCCGUGGCAGCUGGGUCACCCCCGGCCAUACCCAGGGUGAGAAUUAAAACCAUCAAAACCACCACGGGGCAGAUCAAGCGCACUGUCACCAGUGUGCUGCCUGAUUCAGAAACCGAUGAAGUUCACUCUGCAUAUGAAACCUCUCCAUCGCAGAGUAUGAUUAGUGAAGAUUCCGAUAGCAAUAUGUCUCCUCAUCAAUCUCAGAGUGCGCCAGUUGAUAGUAUUGUUGGAGUACAAACUAAAGGUGUGCCAGCCAGUACGCCUUCACCAAAAGUGUUACGCAACAAAUCGGAGGUUAACUCCAGGAGGCCGGGCAUAACCCAGUGUGCAACAGUAUUCCAUAACACCAGCGGUCCUGUCAAACGAUCUGCUGCACACCAGGGGCAGAAACCAAAGAGAGGAUCGGCCGCGGCAGGCCAUACGACUACCACCGGUUUUCUACCCAAAGCAAUGCACUUAGCGAGUCUGAACCUGGUCCCUCACAGCGUUGCUGCUUCCGUAGCCGCACGAUCCACAUCUCAUCAACAGAGCCCACACACGCUCUCCUCCACGGUCUACAGCACCGUCCCGCUGGUGCAUCAGGUCAAAUCGGCCAACCCUCGUCCUCGCACGUCCACUCCCAACACAGCGGCGGGAACCUUAAACAGACUGUUGAACAAAGCCAACCCUGUGCCUACAUACGUGCCCAACCUGAGCCCCCCUCCGGAGAGCAAUAUCUGCCUACCACCACACGGGUACUGCUGCCUGGAGUGCGGGGACUCCUUCGGGGUGGAAAGUAGCCUUGCAUAUCAUUACAGCAGGAGGAGUGUUCACAUCGAAGUAGGAUGUACGCACUGUGCGAAGACCAUGGUGUUCUUCAACAAGUGUGCCUUGUUGGCACAUGCGAGGGAGCACAAGAACAACGGCACGGUGAUGCAGUGCACACAGCUCCAUAUGAAACCCAUAGCAGAGGAACACAUGUUUGUACCUCAGAGCGCUGUGAAUGUGGACUCCUACAACUCACCCUCACUCAAGAGCCAGCCCGUCCUGCCCCUGUAUCCAGACAAUGUCGUUCGCCACCGACUCCGUUGCCUGGAGUGUAGCAAGCCGUUAUCCGACUACAAAGCACUUGCAUGCCAUUACCAGAGGCCGUCUGAUGACGUGGAAGGACUUAUGUGUAAGGUGUGCUCCAUGUUAUUGCCCAACAAGUGCAGCUUCAGAGCUCACCAACGCAUCCACGCACACAAGUCUCCUUACUGCUGCCCUGAGUGUGGUGCCCAGAGUCGCUCUGCAGACAUACAGAAGCACGUCAGGGAGAACUGUCUGCACUAUGCUCGCAAAGCUUGGUACAAAUGUCUUCACUGCGAUAUGGUUUUCAAGACCCUUCAAGGACAAAAGACUCACAUUGAGGAGAAACACUGUGAAGUCUUUUACAAGUGUUCCCUCUGUCCCGUCGCCUUCAAGACCUCCAACAGCUGUGAAGUGCAUUUGAAAAAUAAACACAUUGCGAGCAAAACAUCCCCGCUGUUAAUCUUUAAGUGUUCAUGUGAGACGGUUUUCAAGAAAAAGCAGUCGCUGUUUCAGCAUUUCCAUCAGAACGCCACCAAGCGUGUGACGUGUGUAUUCAAGUGCCCCGAAUGUAACUCGGUGUUUCCACAAAAGCAGCUGUUAAUGCAGCACUUCAAGGGAGUUCAUGUUGGAAACGUGACGGCAGAGACGGAAAAGACCGGUGAACAAACAGACAAUCCCGACAUGGACGCUCAAUCUGUCCAGCUGCAGAAGAGUCACAGGCCUGGUAAACACACAGAUAGUCCCCGAAAAAAGGCCGAGCGGGACAGAAGACCCCGCGUGAAGCCCACCGGCUGGACGUGUGGGGAGUGUCUCCAGUGGUUCCCCGAACGAGACUCCUAUGUGUCCCACGUGAAGACCAACCACGGGAAGUCAGUUAAGAAGUAUCCAUGUCGACAUUGCGAACAGUCUUUCAGCACCACAACCAGUCUGAGAAGACAUAUUCGCAAUGACCAUGAUGGGAAAAAGAAAAUUUACACUUGCUGGUAUUGCACGGACGCCAAGACAACGUUCACGACAAGCGUCAUGUUGAAGAACCACAUCAGUUUAAUGCACGGAAUCAAAAAUCCUGAUCUCCGCCAAAUGCCGAAAACAGCCGUCCAGGAAUCCAAAAAGGCUUUUGGCAAGGGUUUUUUAUCAGAAAGGCCUUCCGUGGACACACGGGUGGGGGGACUGGAUGGCGCCUGUAGUCUCGAGGCUCCUCCGGCGAAACGUCUGAGAACUCAGUUCCGCUGUUCAAAAUGCGGUUUCGUCACAGACGACGGCGCCCAGUUCCAGCAGCAUAUACCGCAGCAUAAAACGGAUGAAAACACUCCUCAGUGCCUUCGCUGCGGCUUGUGUUUCACGUCUUUGUUGUCUCUCACCAGACAUCUUUUCAUUGUACACAAAGUCAAAGACACCGAGGAGGCGGAGAAACGAGGAGAGGAGGCGGCGAGGGAGAAGGUGCAGGUCAAUCAGCCGGUUAGAUCAGCCGAUACUGAUGAGGUCAAUGACUUGUUACCGGCGCUAAAUGAGCCAGAGCCCUCACAAGAAGCAGCAGAGCCGGCGAGUCCGCACUGUGACGAGACCUCGGACUGUGAUUCCAAACAGAGCACGCACUCUCAGAUACAAGCCGUCUCUCUCCGGUAGUGAGCGCUCUUUAAAUCUGCUUUAAUAUCUUCAGCUGUCAUGUGAAAGUAACAAGGGAUGCUCGGUGUUCUGCAUGGGUGUGUUUGGGCCUUUUCAACUUUUAUCUCUCGCUAGUUAUUCAGAGGCUGUGCUGUGUAUUCAAGCACAUCCUUAACAUUUAAUUAAUAACAGUAUUUUCAUAAAUGAGAGGACAAAUUAAUAUUAGGUUGUCGAUUGUUUUUUAUUUAACUUUGCAUGUUGGUAAUAUAUAUUCAUCUUGCCCUGCACUCAUAUCACACCUGGAGCUUUUUUAUUAUUUUUAUUUCUUCUUUCCCCAAAUGUUCCAUCCACCCCUACACGAGAGUGUUUAGGUCCAGUGUUGGUUGAUGUCACAGU